CUUUUUUUUUUUUUUUUAAACUUCUAGCAGAAGUGCGGAUGUGAGUUGCAUAUUGAUACGGAACAGGACGCCAGCUUUUUUCUUUUUUAAAUUAAAAGCAAUGCAGGCUUAGGCAAUGGUCAUUUCGUGGAGCUAUGAAUCCAGAGGAGCAGACUGUAACGUGGUUGAUAUCAUUAGGAGUGCUUAGCUCGCCUAAAAAGAACAUAGCGGAUCCGGAGGAGUUUUUGAAAACCUCGCUCAAGGAUGGAGUCGUCCUGUGCAAGCUCUCGGAGCGCCUCGUACCUGGCUUCACUCCCAAGUAUUGCCAGGACCCGAGAACUGAAGCAGACUGCAUUUCCAACAUCAAGGAGUUUUUAAAAGGAUGCUCGUCCUUGAAAGUGGAGGUGUUUGAACCAGAGUGGUUAUACACUGGUGACAAUUUUGGCAAGGUCCUAAAUACUUUGCUGGCAGUCAACUUUGCAACACAAGAUUGUGCUGCUGAGAGAUGUCCUCAGUCCGGUACCCCCUCUCCUAGUCAGGCAUCUUCACACACGCUGUCUUCUGCCAAAUCCAAAGGCUCUCUGCGGAGACAAUCCAAAUCAGUGGAAAUGUCUGAGAACGGUGGAGGUGGGCAGCUGAUGGUAAAGGCUCGCUUCAACUUCAAGCAGAACAAUGAGGAUGAGCUGUCAUUCAAUAAAGGUGAAGUGAUCCUUGUGACACGCCAGGAGGAGGGAGGAUGGUGGGAGGGCACGCUCAACGGCAAAACGGGCUGGUUUCCAAGUAACUACGUCCGGGAGAUCAAACCCUGUGAAAAACCAUUGUCACCUAAAGGAACUCAGCUGACUAAGAACUACUACAGUGUGGUGGUACAGGACAUCUUAGAACACGAGCGAGAGUUUCUCAAAGAAUUACAAACAGUGUUGAACUGUUACCUACGACCCCUGCAAUCCAGUGACAAGCUCAGCAGUGCAGACAGUGCCACCUUGUGUGGAAAUCUGGAGGAUAUCAAUAGCUUCCAGCAGGGACUUUGUUUGGCUUUGGAGGAAUGUACUAAGGUCCCAGAGGGACAGCAGCGAGUGGCGGCCUGCUAUCUAAACCUAAUGUGUCAGAUCAAGGCUUUGUACCUGGCUUACUGUUCCAGCCACCCUUCAGCUGUCUGCAUCCUCACCGACCACAGUGAGGAACUUGAGAAGUUCAUGGAGAGUCAUGGAGCAAGUACUGGAGGAGUCAUGACCCUGACCACCAGCCUCAGUAAGCCCUUCAUGAGGCUUGAAAAAUACCCUACCCUGCUACAGGAGCUAGAGAGACAUGUGGAGGAAGCCCACCCUGACUACACUGACAUUGUAAAGGCAACAGCGGCGUUUAGGAGCCUUUUGACACAGUGCCAGGAUCUGCGGAAGCGCAAGAACCUGGAGCUGCAGAUCUUGUCAGAACCUGUGCGGGGCUGGGAGGGAGAAAGCAUGAAGAGUCUUGGUCAAGUGGCCUACACGUCCCUGGUGCAUGUGAGAAAUGGCUGCAGUGAGGAAAAAGAGGAGCGUUACCUUAUGCUUUUCCCGAAUGUGUUAGUAAUGCUGUCUGCCAGUCCCCGGAUGAGUGGCUUUAUUUAUCAGGGCAGACUGCCUCUAACAGGUACCACAGUAACGAGGCACGCGGACGAAGGAGACAUUUCCCACUUUGCCUUUGACAUCACAGGAAGCAUGAUUGAUCGCAUUACAGUGUUCUGCAGCAGUGCCCAGGAGUUACAGGAAUGGCUAGAGCACCUUCAACCUUUUACCAAAGGCGGAAGCCCUGCCAGCACCAUUUCAAAGAACGCAGAUGGUAAACCAGUGAGCAUGAUCAGCACCACCACUCACCCACAUCACCAGGGCAGCUUCAGCAGCGUCAGUCGUGGCCCCCUGGAACCACCAAAGAUUAGCAAGCCCUGGUCUCUCAGCUGUCUGCGGCCCGCACCUCCCCUCAAACCUUCAGCUGCUCUGGGCUACAAAGAGAGGAUGUCUUAUAUCAUGAAGGAUACCAGCAAGAGCCCACGGCCUAUGAGGUUCUUGCCAGGAAAUAGGAGGAAAGAGCGCAAGACCUCUGAUGAUGACAUUCACAUGAGAAGAAGUACAGUUGCUCUAGAGGAGGAUGCUCAGAUUCUGAGGGUAAUUGAGGCAUAUUGCACGGGAGCCAGCCUGCAUCAGAGCACCACGGCGGUACGGAAAGAGUGUGUUCCUCAGGUGCUCCUGCCAGAGGAAGAGAAGAUCAUUGUGGAGGAAAUGAAGAGCAACGGGCAGACGGUUAUUGAGGAAAAGAGUCUGGUUGAUGCCGUGUACGCUUUAAAGGAUGAGGUUCAUGAGCUUAAAAAGGAGAAUAAGUGGAUGAAGCAGUUUCUGGAGGAGGAGCAGAAGUCUCGCAAGGAGCUUGAGAGACUUGUCCGUAAACUGGCUAAGCAGAAGAACGAUUGUGGCUGGGAUGACGGCGCCCACUGAGCACAACCAUCCAAUCAUCAGCAUUCGUUUGUGGCUGUGCGUGUAUGUGUCAACAUUUCUGCAACAACGCUUGCGGGGGGGUGCAGAAAGCGUCAGACGUGUGUGUGUGUGUGUGUGCACGUGCGUGCACGAGUGUGUAUUUGUGUAUCUAUGUUGUGUUAUCACAUUUCAAUCACACAGAGCAGGACUUGCUCUCAGGGGUUCUGGAGCUCGAUUUCUUUCUUCCUGACCUAGACGAGACUGUACACGUGCUUCUUUCUGAAGCAGCUCAGCUGAACCAAGACGAAACAAGCAAUCCCCCCCCCCCUUGGUGACUGGCACUGUGAACACUCCCCAGCAAAUGGAAGAAUUUCGAACAAGGACGGGGAGAGUUUGCCACCAUUUCUUUUGCUUCAUUUGGAAAUAGAAAAGGAGUAUGAAGCCAUUAAUUUUAAUGGGUGUUCUCUUGCAUGCACCUCUGUUAUCACGGGGACUGAUUUUAUUCUUUUCACUUUGUCAUUGUUGUAUUUUAUUUGGCGUAAGGGUCCCUAUGGGGAAAAUAGAUUUUUAUUUUUUUUUGGGGGGGGGGGAAGAAUCUCUCUUUUGUAUGUGUGAUUUGUUUUGUGUGUGUAUUAUUCUAGACAUUCGCAUUACACAUUUCCAGGCUGCUUUUUAGGCAAACAAUCAGGUUAGCUCAUCGUCGUAAUCUUAGUUUUAAAACGGAGCCCGUCAUCGUUUAUUUAAAAACUGCAUGAAUGUACAUGUAUCAGUGUGAAUUCUGCAUCACAAAUGUGAUAAUCGAGAAAUUCAGAUAUAUAGUCCAAAGCUAUCAGGGAUGCAGCUGCAUAUUAAAAUAGAAAAGAUCUUACUAUGUAUCUUUUAUUAUACAAGAGUACACAAAUAAUAACAAAGAUGUUACCCUUACUCUUCGUACUGAAAUAUAUCCAAGAAUCCUUUUAACAUAUAAAUUGCAUAGCUAUUUAUUGUUCACCCAAGCAUUUCAUUGUGGUGUUGGCUUUUUAGAUAUUGUUCUGCUGCCUUUAUGUCUGUCUUUGAAUAAACUACACUGAUAUGUACAGGCAGGAAAAAAAAUCCCCCGGUUUUAAGCUGAGGGAAAAUAAAAAUUUUUUUGUAUCACAUAGGAGGAAAGAUUACUUUCGUAAAAGAGCACGCCUUGAGAAUUUAGAUGUUUUUGUUUUGCAGCUUCUAUGGUAUCCUUGUGGGUUCCUGUUGAGCUGAUGGAGAGAGGAAAUGGAGACGAUUUGUCGGUGUAGAGUAAAGCUCAUCUAUUUGUUGUUGUUUUUUUUGGUUUUUUUAAGUGCCUCCUGAAGGGGUGAAUAAACUAAAUAUUGCAUAUUGAAAUAUCAUGGGUGGUGUGCUGUAAUAAAUGGCUCAAGCUCUUAGUGUGUCUAAAAAGAAAACAGCCUCUCGAGGACUCUCAACGGUACAUUUCCUUAUGUGGUUUUAGCGUGUGCACCGUCAACACUGUUUCCUUAUCUUACUGCACUGCAGAGAGGCAGUAGAUGCUUCUGAAAUGCAAUAAGUGACUGCUUUACUAACUGACCCUCUGGCUUGGUCCCAGCAUGGUGGGCCCAAGUUGGAGAAAUUGCAAUAAAAAAAUACAAUUUAUUGACCAAAAAAAAAGUUCAAGUUAAGUAUUCAUUAUAUUUCAUUUUCCUUUAUUUAAUGAAGUCUCUUGAUGGUGAUCAAAUUUAAACUUAUUAAAAAUGAAAAUGUAUCCUAUCGUAUUACUGUAUGUGAAGUGCUGUUCUCAUAGAUCUCGUGCGCCUCUUUACAGAGACUCUGAAGCACUGUGUAUGAUACAGGGCAGCACUGGUACAUCAGUAACAGGGUCACUGUCUAGCUUGAGCAUGGCUGCGGGGUCAUGCCUGCUCAGGUGCUGAAGCUGGCCUGUAUUAUUUGAAUUGGGACACUGAUAGCAUCUAGAUUUUAUCCGGCAUUACUGCUGCUUCCUGUACAGAUGUGUGAGUCCGUCUCGUCACGUUCGCUGCUGAGAGUAACAUUACCGCUCUUUCUGUAAAAACUGCUCUCAUAAGCGCCGCAUACUGUAGUUUCAAAUUCCCAAUAGUCUCAGUGAGUACUUACUGGUGGAAAGGGGUUGAAAUCCAAUUUUUAACCCGUUUAUCUGAAAUGUUUUCUCCAGACCACUGUGUGUUUUUGUUUUUGAAAGACUGUUCUAUGCAAUUAUUGUUGUUGCAAGUAUUGUAAUGCUUUUUUUUUUUUCUAGAUACCCUGUACUUUAUGUUUGGUAUGAUCAUUCUUUUAUUAAAACUUUAAUAUAAUACGUG